AUGUCCGAGAGGCAUGAACGCCACCACAGCGGAUGGAAAACUACUCAAAUCCCAAACUCCCUGCUGAGAAUAGAACUCUGGACCUCAAGAGUUCGUAGAAGGCCUCGAAGAUUCAGUUACACUAUUGCACUUGAUGGCGACAUUUUACAUUUAUGGGAUUACUUAUACAUUAGAUGGAACCAGAGGAACAACAGAGGCCCCAAAACAUGGCCUCUUGUAGGAGCAGCCAUUGAACAGUUUGUGAAUUACGAUCGAAUGCACGACUGGCUGGUGAAGUACCUGUCGGAGACGAGAACUGUCGUCGUGCCGAUGCCAUGGACGACUUACACUUACAUUGCAGAUCCUGCUAAUGUUGAACAUGUCCUCAAGACCAACUUUGCCAAUUACCCCAAGGGGGAAACUUACCAUUCAUACAUGGAGGUUCUGCUUGGAGAUGGGAUCUUCAAUGUGGAUGGCGAGCUCUGGAGGAAACAGAGGAAAACUGCAAGUUUCGAGUUUGCGUCGAGGAAUUUGAGGGAUUUUAGCACCCUAGUCUUUAGAGAAUACACCAUGAAACUCUCUAGUAUUCUCAGUGAAGCAUCUUUCAACAACCAUGAAGUAGACAUGCAGGAAUUGUUCAUGAGAAUGACAUUGGACUCCAUAUGCAAAGUGGGAUUUGGAGUAGAGAUAGGGACUUUGGCUCCCAAUCUACCAGAUAAUCCCUUCGCUAAGGCAUUUGACACUGCAAACAUCAUCGUCACACUUCGAUUCAUCGACCCACUGUGGAAGGCCAAGAAAUUCCUUAACCUGGGAUCUGAAGCUCUACUUGACAAGAGCAUUAAAGUAAUUGAUGAUUUCACUUACUCAGUCAUAAGAAGAAGAAAGGCAGAGCUAGAAGAAGCAAAAGAAACUGCAGAAAAUAUUCAGAUACAACAUGACAUAUUGACAAGAUUCAUCAAGUUAAAUGAAGAUUUUGAUAGCAACUUUACAGACAAGAGCCUUAGAGACAUUGUCCUGAACUUUGUGAUCGCUGGCCGCGAUACGACUGCUACAACGCUGUCUUGGGCUAUAUAUAUGAUAAUGACUCAUGUUCAUGUAGCUGAGAAGCUCUACUUGGAACUCAAAAAUAUGGAAGAUGAUCGAGCAGCGGAAGAGAAGGUUGCCUUGAUUCAGUACAACGCAGAAGAUCCCGAAUCGUUCAAUCAAAGAGUCGUACAGUUUGCAGAACUUUUGACAUAUGAUUCGUUAGGGAAGUUACAUUAUUUGCACGCAGUGAUCACAGAGACUCUUCGCUUGUACCCAGCUGUGCCUCAGGAUCCUAAGGGGAUCCUCAAGGACGACGUCUUGCCGGACGGAACAGAAGUAAAAGCAGGAGGCAUGGUGACUUAUGUUCCAUACUCAAUGGGGAGGAUGGAGUAUAACUGGGGCCCUGAUGCAGCUUCAUUCAGGCCUGAGAGAUGGCUCAAGGAGGAUCUCUUCCAAAAUGAAUCACCUUUCAAGUUCACUGCAUUUCAGGCUGGACCAAGGAUGUGCCUGGGAAAGGACUCCGCAUAUCUACAGAUGAAGAUGGCACUGGCAAUAUUGUGUAGAUUCUUUGCGUUCACUUUGGUGCCAAGCCAUCCAGUGCAGUACAGGAUGAUGACAAUUCUAUCAAUGGCUCAUGGUUUGAAGGUUAAAAUAGCUAGACGUUCUAAUUAACACAUUUGCAUUUCCAAAACAAUGGCAACACUGCUCAAUCAACCUGUUUCGAAAUUAAUUGUAAGAGCUAUUCCAUUGUAUUAAUAAAA